AUAGUCUAAAGAAUCCGUCUGUCGGUGUAUCCAAACAUCUUCGACGCGUUAAAAGGCAAGAAGAGAUCUCACUUGCCUUCACUCGCACUCACUCUCCAACUUCGAGAUCAAAGCUAAAACCUUACAGCUUUUCUUGCUUCCCGGGAAGAAUGGCGGCAACAUCACCACUCUACAAUCAGCUUAAGGAUGCUGAACCAUUCUUCUUGUUGGCUGGUCCAAAUGUGAUCGAAUCCGAGGAACAUAUUCUUCGAUUGGCAAAACACAUCAAACACAUUGCCACAAAAGUUGGGUUGCCACUGGUUUUCAAGUCGAGUUUUGAUAAAGCUAACAGAACUUCUUCAAAGUCCUUCCGAGGUCCUGGCAUGGCUGAGGGUCUCAAGAUUCUUGAGAAGGUGAAAGUAGCAUAUGACUUACCCAUUGUAACUGAUGUCCACGAGGCGUAUCAGUGUGAAGAAGUUGGCAAGGUUGCUGAUAUAAUUCAGAUACCAGCAUUCUUAUGUCGCCAGACAGAUCUUCUGGUUGCGGCAGCCCAAACUGGAAAAAUUAUCAAUAUUAAGAAAGGACAGUUUUGUGCUCCUUCUGUCAUGGAAAAUUCAGCUGAGAAGAUCAGGCUAGCUGGGAAUCCGAAUGUGAUGGUUUGUGAAAGAGGAACCAUGUUUGGAUACAAUGAUUUGAUAGUAGAUCCACGAAACUUUGAAUGGAUGAGGGAAGCUAAUUGUCCUGUUGUUGCUGAUAUAACCCAUGCACUCCAACAACCUGCAGGCAAAAAGUUGGAAGGUGGUGGUGUUGCUAGUGGAGGCCUUCGGGAGUUAAUUCCCUGCAUUGCGAGAACAGCUGUAGCCGUUGGCGUCGAUGGAAUUUUCAUGGAGGUUCAUGAUGAUCCUCUAAGUGCUCCAGUUGAUGGUCCAACUCAAUGGCCUUUGCGUCAUCUAGAAGAACUCCUAGAGGAGCUCAUCACGAUUGCUAGGGUCACAAAAGGAAAGCAGCGAUUCCAGAUCGAUCUCACACCUUACCGCGACUAGGGUUGAAGGUGUAGUAAUCUCGAGGUCUCCUCCUCGGACAUAUGGGUCCACGCCAAAUCCUGGAGACCUUCAUUGCGGUUGCAACCACUCCGUAAAGGAUAUCUAUCAUCUACUUGAGCAAAGAAUGUUAUUUAUUUUUGAUUUCUCCAAACUUUGAACAUAUAUAUAAGCUUUUAUUCAAAAUUUCUUCAAUUUAAGAGUGUUCAAACAUAUGAUAACUAUAAUGAAGUCUGUUUACAUUCGA